CCUAUAAGAUAAAAGAUACUGAAAGUUUAUCAGCCACAGCUCACAAUUGAAGUCUUCACUCUACCACGACUGCCACUUACAGCUCCAUAGCCUAACCAGAACCAUGGUGCUCGAGAACUUUGGCAUCAUCCUCAUUCCCAUACUCCUAUUCACAAACUCAGGAGCUGCAGAAUCUCACACAUCCCCAACUCUCUCACACACUGGCUUAUUGCUGUGCCAGCCAGUACCCAUGUGUGGGGACAGGAUCUACAUCCCCUCGCAGCAGUGUUGUGUGGAUGAUGCCAUCUUGCCCUUUAACCUGACCCGAAACUGUGGUACUGCUGACUGCCCCUAUUGGCCCUGCUUUGAACUCUGCUGUUCAGAGUCUUAUGGCUCCCAUCCGGAAUUUCUCAUCAAGCUGAAACUUCAGGGGGAGAAAUCCGUUGCAGUUCAUCCCCCAUCUCUGGGAACUGUUCCAG